AUUAUUAAAUAUUGUUUUAAAGUUUUUUAUAUCUUUGUAACAAAACUAGUUGUAAAUACGUUGCGCCAUCUGUUUUGUUUAGGAAGUUCGCGAAGUUUGUAGUUUACGAAGUAUCAGAAUCAGAAGAAGCGCCAAAUUCGCUCGUCUUCUAAAGCGUUUCCCGACUUUUCUUCCAAUGUCGAAGCGAAAGGGCGUCAGCGCCGAAGAGAAGAGGCAACGCGUGCUACAGCUUUUUUACGAGAAAAAAGAUGUGUUCCAGCUGAAGGAAUUGGAGAAGAUUGCUCCCAAGGAGAAGGGAGUCAUUGCACAGGCCGUCAAGGACGUCGUGCAGUCCCUGGUCGACGACGGCCUGGUCGACUCCGAGAAAAUCGGCACUUCCGUCUACUUCUGGUCCUUCCCGAGUAAAGCCAUUAGCACGAGGAAGCGAAAGAUAGAGGACCUGAAGGCAAAGCUGGAAGACGUGUGCAAGAAGCUCAAGGCUGUGGAGGCUCAGGUGGACAAGGUGCAAGCCGGGAGAGAGGACUCUUCGGAGCGCACACAACUCCUGGGCACCCUUGCCGAGACGGAGGCCGAGUGCCAGGCGCUCAAAGCUCAAGUGCAACAGCACAGGGACUGCGACCCCGAGGUGCUGGAGGAGGUGAAGGCACAGGCAGUCAUUGCCAAGGAAGCCGCCAACCGGUGGACAGAUAACAUUUUUGGGAUUAAGUCCUGGGCAAAGAACAAGUUUUUCAUCGAAGAAUCUCUUCUCAACAAGCAAUUUUCUAUUCCCGAAGACUUGGAUUAUAUUUGAAAGGGCCUAUAUUAAAGAGUUCAAAAGCAU